CAACACCUCAAGAUUUAAAUUCCGGUUAAAACAAAACUUCGAUUUUUUUUACAGAAUUUUCGGUUAAGUCCCGCCUUAUUGUUAUCUGGUUAUACGUAGCGCUAGGGCGCAAAUUUACUUUUGGUAACUCAGGGGAGGGCGCUAAUCGAUCCUUAAUGGAGAAAGGCGUUAAUUAGGGCCGAGCCAUGAGACACUUCUAACUGAAGAACUGUAACAAUAGAGGCUCUGAUAGUCAUAAUGUUAAGCUGUCAAGAGCUCUUGGUCAAUGUUGAAUAUUUUCGCCUACAACUGUAUUGGAAAAAGGCGCUUUUUAAGAAAAUUACAGUAUGUCUUACAUCGCAGACCAGAUGAAGACUAGCGUACCGAGGAACCAAGAGACUAUGGCCCCUUGGAGGAACUUAAAGCGAAAAAAAACGAAAAUGCGAAGAGAAACUCGAAGGUUUGGAUACGGACUUAAGUUUAGAAUAGGAAGACAAUGUCAUGGUAAAAGGGAAGGCAAAAAACAACUCAAAUUUAUUACACUUCUCCGUUGUAAAGAUUCUCGAUACGGUCGACAGAAUUUGACUUCCGAGGUUGUUGACCAGAGGCGAAUAUUCCUUACAAAGCCAGACCUUUGUUUUAAAACAUAUGAUUGACAAGUAAGGCUGUCGACAUGUAAAUUUCCCAUGUGACAGCUGUUGAAAGUUUUUGUUUUAUGUGGUUCUUUUGCAUCUGUUACCGGUGUGAAAACAGUAUUUCACUUCACAGCCGCUGUUUUGGUCUUCUGCAAAUCACUGUGUCGUUUUAGAUUUUAGGGUUUCUCUCUAAUUAACGCCCUGGUGAACGCUAUUAUCUAAAGGACCCCAAAGUAUAAAGCUAAAUCCAUAUAGAUCCUCCUAAGAUCAGCUGAAGUCGCGGUUUCACUUAUUCAUAUAUAAAGGAGAAGCGUUUGACUGACAUAAAAUGGAGGUGUUUCAUGUGAGCACGGAAGGAAUUCUUUUAUUCCAGAACUGGAAACUUAAUUCAGCAACAGUCUUUGUUGGAGCUUGUUUGUCAACAUUCUUGAUCACUGCUCUGUAUGAAGGCCUCAAAAUAUUCAGGCAAUGGCUUGUUUGCAGACCGCUCCGUCUCUUAAUCAAAGACUUAUGGAAAUCAAGGUCCACAAGCGAAGAUAUCACAGAUAACCAAGACGCAUCUAGCAUUAAAGAGACUCUGCAACAGCAUCCUGCUAGAUUUUCUAGAAAGGGCACAAGAUGGAAUAGUAAAAUGCACAUUCUACAAACGUUUCUUCACACAGUGCAGGUGUUUGUGGGAUAUGUGCUGAUGUUGAUAGUGAUGACGUAUAACGCCUGGUUUGGUGCCGCAGUGCUUGCCGGGGCGGGAGUAGGGUACUUGGCCUUCUCAGCAAUGUUCCCGGAUAACUUGAGGCUCAAAAGGAGUAACGACAAUACGCUGGGUUUGGAAGAACUUCAGUUCUUGUCAAAGUAACAAUCUCGGUCAUAACAAGAAAGCAAAUAAAAAGAAAAUGGCUUAUCGGAUAACUUAAUGAACAAAAUAACGUAAAAUAAGUGAAUGACGCAUUUUCCAGGCCCAGUUGUGGCCAAUUUUUUAUUAGCACGGUGGAAUUUGCACGUGUUCAUCCGACUUCGAAUUUAAAUUUACACAAUACGUAGAUAGGCAACUUCAAACAGUGUCUUGCUGCUGGAAAGGGUGCAGUUCUCCAUUAAUCAAGACACGAUGCCAAGUCUUUAUGGCCUCAGCAAAGAGUGUUUCAAAGAGAUGAUCGUGAGCCGAAAUAACUCCCGUGGCAUGAAGUAGUUAUGAAUUAAAUAAAUAAAUAAAAAAUAAAUAAAAAUAAAUGAAAUGUAUGCUUAGUUUAAUGCUAGCCUAUUCAAGCAGAAGCAUGCAAAAGGGAUUUAAACGAACAGCGGUUUACAUGUUGGUUUUCAUUUGCGUUAUCCAUCGGGUAUUCACAUCUACAUCCCCGGAUAAAAGUUAUAUGCUUCUGUGUAGAUUUUCACCUUGAGGUUAUAGGAUGUUUCACCUAAAACAGCAAACAUUCACAAUUCUUUUCAAGGAGCUCGAUCGCGGUUUUUUUUAGUUUUUUUGGCCACGUCAAAAAUUACCUUUA